CGAAACCACGCCUACUGCAGACGUCAAUAGGCAGUGCCGUGCACGUAGGAAACGUAAAUGGUCGAGAGAGGAGACGCCGGGCCCCGCGACGUUCCUCGGCCGCCUCCACUCGCGCUCGCGUGAUUCCUCUCGGCUUUAUCCCUUCAUCCUCGUUUCUGGAUAAAAUUAUGACUCUACCUUUGGAAAAACCAACAAUCUAUCGAAACAUCGUAUUUUUAAGUAUUUUCGUUUCCCUCGCCGAAAGCUCGGCUAUUUUGAUUUUCGCUCGCGACCAAUGGAAAGCUUUCGAGAGUUCACGAAUCUGAACUCUGCGAACCUAGUCGAGUUUGCAUUUCAAUUCAUCGUAUUCUUCGACGUAUGUUCGGUGUGUUUUCUUCCUGGAAACUUGUAAGCGGUUAUCAGGAACCGCUGAAAGCGUCGCGAUAACGAACGGAACGGAAGUUUAGUUCAGAUAAAAGGGUAUGCUGCGCGCGCACGGUGCCGCUCGCGUCGAUGAAAAUCUGUGAUCGCGUAACAGCGAAAGAAAUUAGAGCUACGCAUCGCGCGCGCUUUCUUUCGAAAUGGACGGACCUUCGUCCGUGUCCAGCGGACGAAUAACGGACCGCCCUUGAGAUUUUAUCGCGCCCAGAAGAUAAGAUUCUCGAGAAAACUGAAACAGCGUACGCUCCUGGGAACGGUUGUCGGAAGCGAUGUUCCAGCUGCGCAUGAGAAGGGCGAAACGCACGCGCUCUCUUAUGCUCCGUUUACUCUUACACCUUAUUUUUCUCUCCUUUGUUUGAUUUUUUUCCGUUUUUUUGGCAAGCUCGAAUGUACAGUUGGGCGAUAGGUGGGCGGUAGAGACGAGCCGCGAUAGUGGGCGAAACGCGCGCGUUCAACGCCACCGCACGCGUUUCGUUAAUUAGUAAAACAGGUAUCGCAUCAAUUAUCUCGCCGUCUCCCACGCUCGAUUCGCGUGUGCCGAACCCGUGGAAAGGUUUUCGUCCAGGCGUUGCACUUGCGUCGCUCCAACCUGUCCAGAGUGCGUUUUCACCGCUAAAAGUAUCGUUGCCUCGGCCAGUUUACGUUUCGUAAGCCGAUACACCGCGAGUGUGCUGCGUCUGGCGAUUCCUCGAGUAUACAGAGCAUCGUGUCGACAGAACCGGGUUCUAUUUUCAUCGCGAGCUUUCCCUCGUGUUCCCUCGACCGAUUACCGGCGACAAUUUCGAAAAAAUCAACGCUGCUCUCUUUUUUUUCACCUGGAGAGAUCGAUGAAACGAGCUCGAUUGAUCUUUUAACACUUUCCAUUUGUACGACAAAGAGCAUGCUCUCGGGCGUAAUAACAUUGUCGUUGGCGGUGGCGGCCUUCGCGAGCGCCGAGAGCAUCUUAAUGACCGAGGUGUUCGUCAUUCCAAUCAGGCCGGAGACUUUCGACUGGAGGGAAGACGGACGAUACGAUCAGUUUUCCUAUCAGCCCUCGUUACUGAACGCGCCCGAUCUUCCCUCGUGGAUUCAUUACACGUACAGCAAGCGAGAUCACCAUGGAUUUCUGUACGGCGUCGCGCCAAGGAAUCAGAAAUACUUCCAGCUGGAGAUCGUAGGCCUGAACAAACACACCUACGAAACCAGGUACAAGGUCCUGGAGAUGAACGUGCUCGAGAAGGAGAACCUGACCAAGUACGAGGUCCAUCUGAAGAUCGAUAAUCUGAACGUGGAGGACAUGUUCAACCGCAAUAGAACCGAGCAACUUCUCGAUAUAUUUAGAAAGAAAUUAUGGAAAGACGCGACGGAUUUAUACGCAACGUUCCUAGCAUCAGCAGUCGAGCUGGGUGCUCGUCUGCCGUUGAAACCGAGCGAAGGCGAAGGGGUCGUUAUAAGGCUAGGCAGUUCGAUGCCAUUUUCACAAGAAUUGAACGAACUACAGGAAGAGGUGAAACCUCUAUGGAAAUUGCCAUUCUGUCCACGGGACUUUAAACGCACCAGUGUGGAGAGACUGUUCAGGGAAGCUGGAUUUUCCUUGGACUGGUGUUCCUUCAGAUUAGUAAUUAGGAAGGAAGUCGAGCAAGAGCAACAAAGCUUGCAGCAUGAGAGCGCAAGACGUGGACAGAGUAUGAACGUGGUAGGUUUAUCAGCCUCUGGAAUUUCGGAGCACACGGAGUGGCGUUGGGCCAGGUCGACGAAGGCUAGCGUUCCCACGAGAAGCUACUUCAACGAAAUCGUCACCACGAUCUUUGUGCCCACUAUACUUCUUCUCGUGUUGGCUGCUUUGCUCAGCACUGUGUUGUGCCUCAAUCACGAGAAAAUGAACGAUCCCGAAUCCGAAGAGUAUUUCAACGAAUUGUUUAACGUUUUUCUCGCCAGAAACCAAGUAGCCAGGGAAAAGAGAGAGAUCUCGUCAGGGGAAGGAGUUACCAACAACAACAUACAAAUGGUACAGUAUGCUACCAUCGAAAGGGGUACUUUGAAGUCACUCUCUGCUCAGCCUUCCAGUCCCAAUGAUUCUCUAUUACGAAGUCCUAGGAUAUCCAACGAACGUUGUAAUCCAUAUAUUCGACCAAAUCCACCGCCAUACACAGGACCACCUAAUCUCAUUGGCAUUCGAGCUGAUUUCUGACUACACGAGGAGCCAGCAAAAACGUGGUUUUGCUGAGCGAAUAAGCUUUAAUAUUACAAGCUUUACCGGAUAAAUCGCAAAAUCAUCGAAACUGGCUCCAUUAUUUGAAAAACAGUUGCCGACAGUAGAUAAGUAUUUAGUGAUUUUCCGAACGAGAUACUUACAACAAUAAUUGAUGCCAGAACACAUCGUGGCAAAGGUUCGAAGAACGGAGCGAUCCAUAACAGAAUAAAUUUCUUUUUAUACUUGGCGGAGCACUACCACUUCCACUCGCUUCAGGGUAGACCAAAAGCAGGGGGAGGGAUUUCCUCCGG